AUGAUUGGGGCGGGGCGUUACGGUGGAACCGCCGGUUCAAAGCCCGAGCUCCUUUUCGUGGCCGGGGUCGAUUCUCCCGUGGCGACCCCACCAAGCGGCUCCCUCGGGACGAUUGCACCAUUUUCGCCAACCCUCGGGACGACUUCAAUCGUGGAAAGCUAUAGAAUUUAUGAAGAAAAGAGUUUUGAGAGGAUGUGGAUCACGGAAGAAGGAAGUAAGCUGCUUUCGAGCG